AUGGUUGCUAGAGCUCAAGCUUCACAAUCAAAUAUUUCCGUUCUCAUUGAUCCUGACACUAUACUCUUACCUGACUUCGCCAUCACAUUACAUAAUGCUCUCCAACUUGAGCACGACUGGUUGCUCGUUUCAAUUCCACGGAGUGUCUCUACCUUAUCAGAAACUGGAAAGCAGUUUCUGACAGAGGAUGGUGGUGGAAUAAAGUUUGAGGAGGUAAGAAGGAAUCGCUAGACUGAAGGGUACUUCAAUAGAUUUUUUAUGCAUUGCUGACGAUGAGCUGUUCGAUUCUUUUUCAUUCUUUUUCGUCAGUUACGAAAGAUUCUUGUUCGUGAUUUGCAUUCAAGCAGCUGCAGUGACAGAGCCCUUAUUGCCUGGAACAAAGGAAACCUAUCUCUGCAUUCUAUUUUUCUUCCGCCUUUCAUCAAUGGAAAGGGAUUGCAUAAUCAGUGGCUCAUUCACCAGGCCUUAGCAUCUGAUCUCAGGCUUGUAAUUGAUGCCAGCGAGAGCAUCUCAAGUUUCUACCCAGAAGUAUCUGAACAUGGCCAGUUAUUGCGGGAGUCUGACAGGGAGCGUAGUAAUGAGAGUCCAUGGGAGAGCAAUGUCAAUGCAAGACUUGCUGCAUCCUAUGGAUCGCUUGGCUCCAGUCCAGAUAAAUAUUCUAACCUCGUUAGACUUGUAGUUUGUUUUGCGCUACAUAUCUUUUAUGAUUCAACCAAGGACACAGUGUAUGUCUCCCAUCAGCACGGAAGGAGUGGACCCAAUAAAGUGCCAGGUCAAGACCAAGGUCACUCUUUGAAGUUGAAUGAGGAGAAAAGGUGGAGAAAUUGCAUAGGUUCCACUAACCUGCCACAUAGAGAGGACAAGUGUUCACUCACCGAAUGGUUGCGAGUCAAUUCUAGAGUACGUACUCAAGUGGGGCUUCCAUUCUCUUUAGAAUCACUUCUUCAGAUAACCGCAGAUGAGAACAGAACCAUUGUGCUUGCAGUCGCCGGAUAUAGUUAUAAGGACAUGCUUAUGAGCUGGGUCUGUCGUAUGCGGCACCUGUCCGUCACCAAUUUCCUCAUUGGGGCUCUUGAUUCUGACAUCUAUGAUUUCUCCGUCCUGCAGGUACUACUGCUUCUGUUGAGCGUGAGCGCACAUUUUAUAAGUUUUGAUAUGUGCAUUCUGUCAGUCAUCUUAUGGCCAACUGCCUAAAUAUGGUGGAGAAUGUGGGCUAUUGUAAUCGUCAUUUCUUCCUGUAUCUGUAGGGUCUGCCUGUCUUCAAGGAUCCACUACCUCCAGCGAACAUUAGGCUCACAAGUUGCCACUUUGGCACUGACUGUUUUAGAAAGGUGUCCAAAGUGAAGUCACGGCUAGUUCUACAGAUACUAAGAAUGGGGUACAACGUCCUACUAAGUGAUGUUGAUGUAUAUUGGUUUCAAAAUCCAUUGCCAUUUCUUCAAAAAUUUGACCCACCUGUUUUGCUAGCACAAUCAGAUGAGUACAACGAGACAGGUAACUGAUCAUAAUACGGUGCUGCUAACAUAGACUUGCCUGUGCAUUAUGGAUUCAUUGUCUUUGCGUUUGCUCAUUUUUUUAUUUAGAAAGUGUAUGAUUAAUAUGUCUGUCAAUGCAUGUAAACUAACUCGUGAUUUUUCUUGUUAGUUAAUUAUAACAUAUGCUUGCGCGUUUAUCAUGUGUUUGCUGUUAAUGCAAAUUCUAUUCGAUUAUCUCUUUCAUGGCGUUGUUAUUUUUCUUAAUAAAUAUCAAAAGAAUGAGGGAUGUUCUUGUUCUUCCACUUCAGUUGUUUCAGCUACAAAACAGAUGGCUGUGGUGCAUUGCAGUUUCCUUUUACUCCUAGUUACUUGUGGUUCUUUCAAAAUACCAUCAUCUACUAGUCUUAAAGCUCACAUGUUUGCGAUUUCUCUGAGAAGAAACUGAGAUCACUGGAAAUAUGUAUUUUUUUUUGGUGAGCUUUUUGCCGACACUAUGAGGAUCUGAAAGGAAGAAUAAAAACUCAUCAUCUGAUCCUUAACCCUCAUAAAUCCAUUUUGGCAGACAGUACUCGUUUACAGAGAUUUUGAUUUUCAUGCAAUUAUCAUGACAAACGGGGAUGAUUGUCGUUUUGGCCAUAUUUGCUCGUUUAAUCCCCCAUUUAGGAUUUUUCUAUCUUUAUUGAUCUAUUUGGAUUGGAGCUUGUAACUUGGGCUCAAGUAGCUAUUUCCACCAAUUUCUGUUCAUCUCAACUUCUUAAUUUAUUUCAUGAAAAAUAUAAUAUUUAUUUUAUUGCUGUUUUGUGUAAAAAUAUUGGUUCGUGGAAGUUAUAUAGCUAACAAUGACGAUUAAUUUCUCAUAAUUUGUUGCUCUUACUGCUUGCCAUGCGGUUUUCUUGAACAUAAUCUACCCAGAUGGGGAAACCAUAUAUGUUACCAUCCAAUCUCUGUUUCUUUGCUACCUUGGCAAGAUACACCCAGCCAGCCGUAUAUGAUGGAUGCAGUUCACUUUUUUCGCUGAAUUUUUCUCCCCUUGCUGUCAUUUAUUCAAUCCAUCUCCUCAGGAUCUUUUUUGAACUCCCCUCUUCAAAUUGUUCUCACGUCAUUUCUCUCAUGGUAAUUUCCUUCACUCUGGCAUGCUCGGUACUUUCUCUCUCUACACCGUGUAUGAUUCUGAAUGUACCCAUGUACUCCCCCUAUUCGUCCUGGUUACGCUCAUCAUCUUGAUCUUAAUCUUGGUGAUUAACAGGAGAUAUCCGACAAAGCCACCAUAGCUGAUGAUUAAAGCCUCACAUCUUACAUCCCCGGACAUCUUAAUCAAGGCUUUAUUAUUAAUCAUGGAUUUUUCUGGUGCUCGAUCUUGGUUUCAUAUCUUUGAAAAAAGGAAAUAUAUUCUAUUUAUAUCUGACCUAUGCCGCUGUGUUGUAUCUGAUGGAUCUGCAGGGCCCAUAAACUUGCCUCGCCGGCUGAACUCUGGUUUCUACUAUGCUCGAGCCGACCCUCCCACCAUCGCUGCGUUCGCGAAGGUGGUAAAACAUGCAUCCACUUCAAACAUGUCUGAACAGCCUAGCUUCUACGACAUCCUCUGUGGGGUUGGCGGCACCCAUCGAACCAGCGACGAGCAUUGUGUCGAGCCCGAGACUAAUUUGAGGGUCAUCUUCUUGGAUCGCAACCUCUUUCCCAAUGGAGCCUUCCGGAGUUUGUGGUUGGAGCGUGAUGUUCGAAGGGCCUGCAAGGCGCUGGGCUGCCUCAUUCUUCAUAACAACUGGAUCAGCGGCAAGGACAACAAGGUAAAACGCCAAAUCCGCUCUGGGUUGUGGGCAUACGAUGUGCACUCCAGGAUGUGCCUUCAGGGUCCGAAAAUGGUAAGUCCUUAG